AUGAAAGCUAGCUGCUGGUGUUUACGUGUUCUGGGAAGAUGGCCGGAGACGUGCGGGGUUUCGCUCUGGAGAAAGCCGAGGUGCUCUCCGGCCGCCUGAAAGAGCUCCUGUCCUCGGGACAGGGAUACGUGCGGGCUCAGUUCGGGGUGGACCUGGGCCUGGAGCCGGAGCUGUACCCGACCUGGGUGGUCCUGUCCACGGCCGCGGCGGGGCUGCUGCUGCUGCUCGCGCUGUCCUGGGCCGCCGUCUGCGGCGGGCGGCUCGCCGGGAAAAGGCGGGGAUCCCCGGACACCCGGAGCGAGCCGGCGAAGGCCGACCCUGGGAAGACGAGCAAAGCCGAGGAGCCGAAGAAGAGGAACAAAAAGAAAAGCGUCGAAAAGAAGGCUCAGUCCAAUGGUCAGCCUGUGACAGUGGCUCAAGGCGAGGUUAAAGAGACCGAGAGGGUUUCCAAACCACCACCACAGAUCAAAACACAGAAGGUGCAUGAGGCGCUGGCUCCAGCGCAGGUGAAAAAGAACAAGAAGAAGGCCAAAGCAGCGGAGGUGAAACCAGUUCAGCAUGUGGCUCCAUCCGACGGGAAGGAACUUGAUGAUGGUGCGUGGGAGACGAAGGUCAGUAACCGAGAAAAGAGGCAGCAGCGAAGGAAAGACAAAAGCUCUGAGGACUCCGGUAGUCCGGGAGGCGUGGAAGCCCCCAAAACCCACGUGGAGGCACCAGCAGCCGCCCUGCCGACCAGGAGGAACAGAGGAAAUCAUGAGUCUCUACAUGCAAGGGCGGCUGGAAAGAGAGACACAUCUGUGACCUCCAGCUGGAGGGACGAGCCCACCGGCAACGGUCCAGGCUGGACUGAUAUUUCUAUGAAGAUCUCAGCUAAGAUGGGCGCUAUGGAAGGAACCAAGUGGAGUGGCAUCCCGGCAGCUGGACACUACCGGCCCCAGUCUGAAGCCCAGCCCUGGGCACAGGAGGCACAAGCCUGGAGUGGCGUGGACGCCCGGAUGAAGCCUGACCUCACGCCCGUGACCUUCUCCAUGCUGGGACUCAACACCACCGAUCCGAUAUCAAAUUCACUUGAGCUGCAGUGGGCGAGCCGCCCCGUCGACGACGAAUGGUCCGGAUUCAAUGGGAUUGCGUCGAUGGACCCCAGCUCAGACUGGAACGCUCCAGCAGAGCACUGGGGGAACUAUGAAGCGCCUCCGGCUUUGGUCUCACCAGCUCCUCUGCCGAAGGAACAACCUGCUCCCAACAAGGUAUCAGAAGAUGAGAAGGACAACGGGGAUCCAUCUGGAGGAGCGGCUAAGUCUAAAAAGAAGCGGAAAAAGAAGAAGACAGCAGAAGAGGAGGCUGAUAUUAAGAUGGUGAACCCUGCACCUCCAGGUCCUGCAGCACUCAAACCCCAGGAGCUUCCUGUGCUGUCCUCCAAAAAGCAGAAUACCAUCAUAUCCUCCACUCAGAAGAAGUCGGAGCCGACUGCAGAGCCUCCCAAACCCUCCGGGAAGAAAAAGGCUCGAAAGGAAACAUGAAGUCGCAUCAAAGGUCCAGACUAAGCAUAUAUAUGCAAAUGAUUGUUAAAUGAUUGUCACAUGCAAUAAAAUUCCAGGUACACAGUUUAUUUUAUCAUUUCCAGAAACAAAAAGUAAAACAAGCAGCAGAUAUCACCUGCUUGGAUAAACGUAGAGGUGAAAUGUGGUCCUAUGGACUGAAAAUAAUUUGCACUAUUUGCUAACGCAGCAACAGGAGCGGAGUGUCCGGCGGGGUGAACUUAUAAAGGAGGUAUAUGUUUAAUAGCAUCAAAAGUGUUUGUUUUCCUCCUCCAAGAGUGUAUGUAGUACUUUACCCAAAAAUACAAAACGGGUUUCAA